GUCUGGGCACUAGUUCAAUCCAAGAUGGAGUUCGAGGAGUUGAAAGUUGAAAUCCCUGCCGAUGAUAGCGACAAAGAAGAGAAAGAUCUACCUUCCAAUUUUGAAAGGAGGUACGAAAACAAGUCAGGUUGUUUUGUGACAGGAUUUGACGUAACUUCCAAGGAAGCGCUGGAGAGAAAGGCUAGAAGAGCAAAAAGAUUUGGACUUCAGUCAAAACGCAAAGACACUGAAAAAACUGACAGUCAGUCUGAUGAGGAUAACCAUACAAUAUUGCCUAGUGUUGAUGUCAAAGAACUACCAACGAUAUCCGAUGGUGAAGUUAGGCUAGAUGCCAUUCUAAUUCAUGGUGUGGAUAACAUGAGUACAAAGGAUGUGUUUGCUUAUUUUGGGGAUUUUGCGCCUGGAUCUGUGGAAUGGAUUGACGAUUCUUCAUGUAAUGUGGUGUGGGAUGAUGACUUCAGUGCUUCUAGAGUUCUAAUAACAAUAGGCAAAGACAUACAGAAACCUGCAGAUGAUGAUGAUGAAGAUAUAAGCGAGGCUGUGGAAAUAAGAUGGAAGCUAGGGCCUCCUCAUCCAAAUGCAGAACGACUUCUCUUGCGAUUGGCAACUAAAAAGGACAAGAAAAGACCAGGAGCAGCAAGAAGAAGCAUGUAUUACUUAGUCAAUGGUAAAACAAAUACAAGUGGUCGAGGUUCAAAGAAAGGCAUUGUCAGUUCAUCGAGGAAGAGGAAAAUUUUGAAGGAGCAGGAGCGAGUCAAAUACAUGUACACAGGUGGACCAGAUGUGCUUUUCCUGGACAAGAUCGAAACCGACAAGGAAGAAAAAAUGGAGAUCGACGAACCUCCGCUCAAAAUCGUCGUCACUAACGAGGGCACGAUGGAAAGGAGCGAUACCUCGAAUCUGCGCAUGCGUAUGUACGCCGAUUCUUUGGAAGACGACGAGAGCGACAGUGAUGAUGAUGACGACAGCAGAGAGAAGCGAGACAGAUGGAAAGGACGAAUCAAUAGAAAAGAGAGUACGAAAAGAGAGGAACAGGUCAAAAAACAACCUGCGCUAGACUUGCGGUCCAAACUACAGAGCAGAGAGCGGCACGGCUUUAAUUUCAAGAACAGACCUUCCUUAUCCAUAGAGAUUAAAGAAGAACUAGAAUCGUGAUGUUAGAAAGCGUGUUGUUGAUUUUAAUUUUUUUUUUUUACUUUUAAUUUUUCUGUGGAAUCUUAAGUCUUUUUAAUUUUAAUUAAAAUCAUGUAAAGAUACGGCUAGUCCGUUGCGGUUCUUGCGCUAGCUGAAAAUUUCCAAGUACAAGGCAUGACUGCUCAAUGUCAAAUGUUCAACCAGGAAUUCCAAGCGAGGAUUUAUUUUAUUAGUAAUAUAGUUGAUACUACGAGUAGCUCCUCUGUUUUUCUUUAAGACGACCAUUUUUGAGCUGGGGUUGAGCAAUUUUCUGGGCACGAGUCUUUUUCCCCUCACCAAUUGGUUGUGCAUAAUUUUUUGGGGGUGGGCAAUAGCUUGUGCAAGAAGUUUUUUUAACAUCAAAAACAGGACUUGGAUAGUAGAAAGAUCUUGUUUGAUUUUUUUUUCCUGUGGCUCCCCUUGCACGAUUUUUGUUUCAGCAGCUUUUGCUGUUAAAGAUUUUUUUUAGUAAUUGCCCAAACCCCUCCC